AUGACCGACCAGAAGAAAAAGUGUAAGGCGCAAUGGUCUGAUCUUCCUCCUGAACUUCUAUCUCCAAUUGCAGAGUCCCUAGACCUAAUCGAUCUUCUGUGUUUUCGCGGAGUGUGCAAAUCUUGGAAGUCUGCUUCUUCCACAGCCUCAGCUCAGUCUUCAGCUAAACCAUGGUUUCUAGUGUAUGGGGAAAACAGUUCUGAGUGCCAGUUGCUGUGUGAGAGUAAUAAAAAGUACACCAUCAGUCUCCCGGAGCUGGUUGGAGCAACUUGUAUUGCCUCAUCCCAAGGAUGGUUGCUUGUAUUCCAAGAAAGCUCAGGCUCAGUGUUUUUCUUUUGCCCCUUCUCUCGCGCGAAAAUAGACCUUCCCAACUUCCCAGCCUCACAACUCUCCGACCACAUUGCAGCAUUUUCAUCUCCUCCAACUUCCCAAGAUUGCAUCCUCUGUGUCAUUAGCCGUGCCGACAAUGAUGAAUGGGAGCUCAAUUUACUUCGCCAUGGAGCCGAGGAAUGGACCAAACACAAUUAUUCUAGUAAGAUGUAUAAGAUAGACGCAAUCAAAGGUGCUGCUUACCACAAAGAGGGCAGAGAGUUCUACUUCUAUGACCCCAAACCUCAUCCAAAGGUACUCGUCUUUUCUACUGACAACUUGAACGCGCAGUGUUAUCAGAUAGUGCGUAACGGGUUAGGUACUUGGACUUUACCAUUUGGUUAUUGCAAGGAUUAUUUCGUGACAGAGAACCUUAAGAACAAGCUCGAGUUGGCAGAGAAUGUUUCGAUCUCUACUUGUGGGAUACAAAUGGAGAUUGGUGGCAGAAUUAUUUGCGGUGAGAGCAUUACUGCUGCUGAUGGUGUUACAGACCAAUCCAGUAGCCGUCAACUCAAAGGGGUUUGGAUCCACCCCAGGUUCUACCAAGUCUCGUCUAAUAAUCAGAGUAGAUAA